AUGGAAACUGGAUUUUUGAAUUUCCAUGAUGAAGAACAGUUUUCUGACUUCUCAUUGUCUUUGGAACAGAACUUAGUGGAAAAACCUCAAGAUUUAUUGAUGCACAUGGUUGAGAAUGACUUUGAUUAUAUGGAAACACAUCUUGACAUUACAAAUGCUGGUAACUUGUGGCAUAAUGAAAAUGAACAUAAUGAGAGUGUGGAUGAAAUGUCAGUUUCGGAAAUUUCUACAAUAUCUAAAAUUGAUAGUAUUAAGGAAGAUUUUGCAAAAGUUCUUACAGAUUGGCAGGAACACAUUGGUUAUUUACAGGCUUCAGACAUGGAUGAAUAUAUGGAUAUUAUAGGAUUAAGCAUGAAUGGUACAGAUAAAAGGAAUUUUUGUACCACAGAAAGUAUACUUCAGGAUGAACAAGCAGUGCAUACUUUAGAAUCUAAUUUUCUUAUAAUGAAACAAGAGGAGUUAGGAAAAGAAUCUCUUCAUAUUAAUCAGAAAUAUACCACAGAAGAUAAUUCAUAUCAUAUAACUGGCAAUUUUAUGGAAAGCGAUAAUAAAAAAAUAGAAACAGAAGUUAAAUCAUUAUUAAUAGAACCCAAACAUUCAAAAAACCAAAGUAAGUUAAAAAAGAAUAUACAUAAAUAUGAUAGUAUAGGAAUCGAUACAAGUGCAAAUUUAUUAGCAAAGCAAAAAAAGAAAAAAAAAGAAAAAUGCUUGCAGCACAAUAAAGAUAAACAAAAUGAUGAUGAAGAUAAUAAAUCUGCAAAUCAAUUACCAGUUCUGGAAGCUGGAGAUGUUAAAAGUUUACUAGAACAAUUUGAAGCUUCUGAGAAUACUUUAGUAUCAACUUACCCAUCUGCUAGAAUGAAUAUAGAAUGUGAGCUGGAUUCACCUACGAAGUCUAAUGAAGCCGAAGAAUGUAUGAAACAGUCUCAAACUUCAAAUCUACAUAAAAAUAUUAGAGAUGCUCUACCCAAAGAAGUGAUUGAAAACAUAAAGACAUCUGCACGUAAAAAGGUGAUUUCAGUAAUACCAGCAAUGCCUAAUAUUCAAAGUAAUGGUCGCAGUAAUGGGACACGUAUGCAAGAUGCUGCUGCAUCACUUUUCCGAAAUAAGCUUUUAAAAAUAGUGACAAAUAACACUAACAAUAAGACGAUCGAUGGUGGACUAGUUCAAUUGGAUCAUGAUUAUUGUAGUACUAAUUCCUCCAAUAGUAGUUCAGACAGUAACAGUGAGUAUGAAAGACAAUCUAGUGACAGUGAAAAAGUGACUUUUGUUAAGAAUGACAGUCAGCAAUCAUCGCAUUAUUACACAACAUACGAAAAACAAUCAUUUUCAGUGCAUUUGAAUAGAAGUCUUAUAAAAAGUAGAGAGUAUUCGAUUGAAAGUAAUUCAAAGAAAGAUAGUGGUUUUGAAUCAGGUGAAGUAAGUGAUAACAGUGAAGAACAAUUAGGAAUUACAAUAACUAGUGACAUUCAAGUUAACAAAUCUAUAAAACAGUUACAAAAUAAAACAAAGGAUUGUAAAAAGGAAGCUUUAGCAAAUCAAGGAAAUUGUCAUAAUAUUUUAAGCAGCACUUCAAAUUGUGUUAUUUCACAAAGUCAGAAUGUGCCUACUACAAUACCUCAGAUGAAAAUACAUUCAGCUCUGGCAACAAAUAUUCUACAAUUACGACAAGGCGUUUUAAGUAAAACAAAAUCUAUAAAAGUAGGAAAUCAAAGAAUGAAACAAAUGGUUUCUGUAUUAAAGAAGCCACUUAAUAUUCACCAAGUACCUAGUUUAAAAACUGCACCUAAUGAGAAUAUAGUAACUACUACUAAUAGUUUAAAUGAUAAAGUACAGAAUAUUAUUGUUCAAGAUAGUGAAAAGACAUUUAUACAACAAGAAGAAAAAAAACCUCCCCGUAAAAAAUUGAAUUUAGCAGAAUAUAGAAGUAGAAGAGAGCAGAAUCGUAGUGAUAAUAGUAGAACAAAUUCACCACUACAACCUAUGACGCUAAUAUAUGUUCAUCAUGCUUCUACCACAACUGAGCCUAUUAAGGAUGAUCCUAAAAACUUGAUUUGGUCAGAGAGAGAAAUUGUAUCAGUUUUAAAACCAAAAGUAGAUGUAGAUGAGAAAAAAGUUCGUCCAAAACCAACUACUUGUGACAUAGGAAUUCAAACUUAUGAAACAGUAUUUGAAUUUCCCCCAAAGUCUUUAAUUGAUGUUGAUGAAAGACACAAGCAACAAAGGGAUAAUAAUGUACGUGAUAUCAAUCAACGAUCUUGUAAAAAACAUGGAAUUAAUUCUGACUCAAGUCGAUCUAGAUCAAGAAGUAAAAGUAAAAGCAAGAGUAGAAGCAGAAGCAGAAGUAGUAGUAAUCGAAGUAGAUCUCGUAAACGCAGUAAUACACGUCAUCGAAGAAUAAGUCAUCGGCGUAGUUCUGUUAGCUCAAGUAGUAGUUGGUCAUCCCGUUCCCGUUCACGUUCGCAUUCGCGUUCACGUACACAUUUUCGUUCUCGUUCACGUUCGGAUACGAGAUCUACUUUUAGUUCAGGAUCAAGAUAUUCACGAUCACGUUCUAGAUCGUCUAGAUCAAGAUCUCGAUCAUCCUCUCAAUAUUCUAGUUGUUCUAGGUCUUCAUUUCAUUCAAAUUUCGGCAGGAGUAAAUGGUCAAGAAGAAGAAGACGCGAUGGAAGAUACAAAACAUACGAUAGACAUAGGCACCAUUCUAUGGUCAACUAUCAUGGCUACAGAGAUUGGAGAAGAUCACCAACAACAUUAUAUCGACGACCUUAUGAUAAUUGGUAUGAUCGAGAAAAGCAAAGACAAGUAGAAGAGCGAAGAGUAAUUUAUGUUGGACGCUUGGAUGAAGGAAUCACUAAAGCUGAUUUACGUAGAAGAUUCGAAACUUUCGGUCCUGUAGUAGAUAUUAGUAUACAUUUCCGUGAACAUGGCGAUAACUAUGGUUUUGUAACUUUUGCUUACAAAAAUGACGCCUAUGAAGCUGUAGAACACGGUAAUGAUGAUCCCAGUUUACCUAGAUAUGAUUUAUGUUUUGGAGGUCGUCGCGCUUUUUGCAAAGUAAAAUAUGCUGAUCUUGAUGGCAUGGCAAGCAGUUCACUUAAUAGCGGGCAUAUGUUACAAGAUAACGAAGAUAACACAUUUGAUCUUUUAUUGAAGGAAGCGAAAGCAAAGUUACGUAAAAGAAAGGUUUGA